AUGGAUGACGAUAUAACAACUGACCAAUCCGCUCACGUCCAACUUUCCUUUUUCACAAAUGAUAAAAGGUAUUUCUCAAUCCGUUCUCAUAAAAUAUUAUUUCCAAUCACAGUCUCGACCACCUUCCAACAACGAUUUUUGACGUCCCCACCUCCGCUGAUUGUGAGCAAAUCAACUCUUUGGUGAAUAAAAGUAUAUCAUUAGAAAAUGGUAGGUUUUUGAAGUAUUUUAAGAAGUGGUUGGGUUUUUCGUUUUCAGAGUCUUGGGAGGACAAAAGGUUCGAAUUUUUGAUUGGAGACGUUUUCCUUCGCACAACCUUAGCAGAGUUCAUUUCCGAGUACGAAUUUGAGACUGUAAGUUAUGAAAAUACGAUAAAAACUUUUUUUAUUGAUCAAAAGGAAGUGGUAGUGAAAGUCGAAUGUGUACUUGGUCUCGAAGCGCCUAAACCUUUACACGAUUAUCAAGCACCUGAUUGGGUUAGCUCCGUACAUGCAGCCAACGGAUUGUGAGUUUUCUCAGCUCUUUAUUCAAUUUUUCUUGUCUUUCAGUGUACUUUCAACGACAUACAGUGGAGAUAUCGUUGUUUGGGACAAAAAAGGCCAACAAACGACGUUUGCCACGAAAGAUGGGCUACUCAAGUGCAGUGUUUUGGUGAAGAAACCGGGUUGGUCAAUAUUUCUUCCUAAUAGUUCAUACAUGGUUGUUUUCUAAGGCAAAAGCAUGAACGGGUCAGAAAUUAUCGUUGGAAGUGAGGACCAACUUCUCACUUUGUACACGAUUAAAGACGACAAAUUGGAGAAACAGGUCAUAUUUUCUUUUAAUUUAAUUUCUUUUUUUUGAUGAUCAACUCUUUCUUGCAUUCCAAUCAUUUUUAAUCAAGAUUUUUUUGAGGAAGUUCUUUAAAUGCAUUUUUCUCUGUGGCAUAAAUCUUCAGCUUUUCUUUUUUCAAGAAAUUUUUUUGACGAAAUUUUCAUCUUUAGAUAGUUUUCCGAGGCCACGAACGGAGUGUUGAAUGUGUAGCCGCCAAUUCGAAAACGCAACAGGCGAUUUCUGGAUCUUAUGAUUUUUCACUUAAAUUGUGGAACACAAGAUGUGGGAUUACUUCGAAUUUUCUUCGUUAAAAUAAAAGAAAGUUUGAUUUUCAGUGGACGACGUCAGUACAGUUUAUGAGAAAGAGGAUGAAAACGAUGCAAAGUUGAAAAAGAGGAAAAAGUCGUAUUUAACGAAGGUAUGUUUUAUAUUUUUAACUCUUCAUUGAAGGAAAGGUACACAGUUCUUCGAAAAGUUUUUAUCUUUACCGAGUGGGAUGAUGGAAAAAACUCAAGAAUAAAAAGGAUUUUCGAAGAAUUUCGAAAAUACGUUGUAUUAUUACGAAUUCCAGAUCCCAAUGGUAACUAUCGGUGGCCAUAAGGACAGAAUCAGCGCGGUCCAUUGGUCUCACAACAAUAAUUCCCACGUUGUUUCCUCUUCCUGGGACCAUACAAUCAUUGAAUGGGACUUGGAGCUCGGUAUCCCAUCCUUUUGAGUAUUUCAAUCGAACUGGAUUUUCUUAGCCGGAGAACUUUCUCGAAUUCGCGGACAGAAAGCCUUCACGAGCAUCGACAUUCAUCCCUCAACGGGAAUGACCAUUUCCAGUAGUACCGAUCCUUUGCCUCGUCUUUAUGACUUGAAAAGCAGAGGUAUGUUUUUUCUCGGUUUUAUUUUGAAGAUUACUACCGAAAACAUUAAAUUAAAAGCUGAAAAUGUCAUUUUUUGUAACAUUCGUUCACCUGGAUCCCCAUUUGAGAGCCCUCGGAAGUCCCAGAUUUUUUUUUUUAGAUGGUUCCCUGGUAAAACAGACUUUCUACGGACAUGAAAAAGGCUGGGUCGAGAGCGUUAAAUGGUGUCCCAACGACGAAAAAUGCUUCGUUAGCGUUGCCACCGAUAAAUCCGCCAAAAUGUGGGAUAUCCGGUACGUAUUCCUUUUUUGUUUUUUUUUUCUAAAGAAAGUCGUUUUAGCUGCUGUGGUGGUGAUAAGUUGUUGUUUUCAAUGCUAUGGUGCAAUGUUAAAAUUUUUUUAAAUUAUUGACCUGAAAAGUUUUUUCGAAUACUAUAGUUGAUUCUUGGUUGAUGUUUGCCUGUAUUCGAUAUCCCAACAAUCAGAAAACGUCAGAUUCAUGCAAUUUUCGUAUGAGUUUGCGAAAAAAGGAACAUUUAUUCCUUUUUUUAAAUAACCUGCCUGAAUGAUGUUUCGCGCGUGAAGCGAGUUGUAUGAACUCUUAUUUGUUUUGAAUAUUGAAAGGAAAAGCUCCUGAUUUUUUUAGUGAUUAUAUAGGAAUCUCGUGAAGCUUUUAUCAAGCAAAAAUCAAGCCAUUCCUUAUUUUUUUGACGUUCUUUCGCGGUUUUUCAGAAGAGUCUUCGAGCAAUUUGAAAAACUUACUUUUUUUAUUAAAAUAUGAAGGUUUUUUUAAACAAAACGUUUUUCUCGGUGAAUUUCAUGCAAACUGAAUUCUAUACCAAUCUACCAAUCUUUUAUUCUAGAUACCAAUUGUAUCCGUUUUUAUAACUUGUAUUUUCUCUCAGGUCGGGAAAAACGGCUCUUUUCGACAUUCACGGCCACGAGGAGCGCAUUUUGUGCUGUUCUUGGUCCGAAGAAGGAAUCAUCGCCACGGGAUCCGCCGACUGUACUGUCAAAGUUUUCGACGCGAAACGAUAG